UUACUUAAUGCGAAUAUGAACUGAGCAAAGUGUAGACAUCAUUUCAUCAACUGUUGGGAUGGAGGAAACAUCUCUACUGCGGCUACUCUUUCUGACCUCACUGCUGAGCAGCACAAAAAACCAAGUCUCUCUGACUGUGAGUCCGAGCAGCUCUCAGAUGUUUGAAGAACAGUCUGUCUCUCUGAGCUGUGAGAACGACGACAGCUCUGCUGGAUGGACUCUGAGGAGGAACAUUAGUUAUGAAACCAGGACUCGGUGUGGAUAUGGCUGGGGACACCUUGCUGGUUCUAUCUGUAACAUCAGCCGCAUGGUCCCAUGGUACAGUGGCGUUUACUGGUGUGAGUCCAGAGAGGGAGCAACCAGUAACAGCAUCACCAUCACUGUCACUGGUGGACCAGUGAUCCUGCAGAGUCCUGUCCUCCCUGUGAUGGAGGGAGAAGACCUCACUCUGCGCUGUUUAACAAAGACGUCCUCCAACCUCCCAGCUGGUUUCUAUAAAGAUGACUCCUUCAUCAGGACUGAGCCUGCAGGUCACAUGACCAUCCACCAUGUUUCCAGGUCUGAUGAAGGCCUCUACAAGUGUUACAUCAGCAGUGUUGGAGAGUCUCCACCCAGCUGGGUCUCUGUCACAGAGAAACCAAUGACCACAAGACCCCUCCACUUUGAUAACAGACUGGUCGUCCACCUGGUGGUGUUCUGUCCGUUCUGCAUCUCUACUUUCAUCAUGGUGUCUUUAUAUCGACACAGGGCCAAAGGAAAAUUCCUGCCUGUCGUCGUGGUUCCCAUCCGGGCUGAGGAUGGAAUGGAUGAAGACUAUGAUGAUGUCAUCACCGCUGCCACCACGGAGCAUCAGUUCUGAACUGAUCUGAAAAUAAGCUCAAAUAUAUAGAGUCCAAAAUCAGAUACAGAACGCUUCCUAAAUUCUAGCUUUCCAGCGACCCAGAGUCUCCACUGUUACAACAAUCCCAAAUUCAUGUGACCCGGCCAUCUUCAGUUCUCGUGACCUUUAUCUUUAGUUCUUGGCCCCAGCAGUCUUUAGUUCUUGAGGCCUUGGUUCCCCCGGUAGCCAUACAUGACCACAAGUCCCUAGGUCGUAUGCCAGAUGUUUUUUUCUCCUCCCCUGCCUAUUCCACUGUUUCCCAAAUACUUACUUUCGAGUCUCUCCUUCGUACCCCUUCCAUCCA